CAAACUUCCCGAGACUGACCUGCUCGAGUCGGAUGGCUGACUUCCAAUUGACCUCCAAUCUUCAACUUCCGUUGCUCCCUCUGCCUUCUUUGCCGGCCGAUCUUGCCCUGGCAUCCAGCAUUUAGGUUGAUGGGGAAGGGUUGACCAAGGGCACCGAACAUCCGUAUCCUCAACUGCUUGCGAUCCACAAAUGCAGUGCUAUACCGAACUACUGCCUCCCACCGGGGUCACUCAUUCACUGGCAAUCCCCUUCGUGCGCGCGACAGCCAACAACCUGGUGGUUGCGAGGACCUCCCUGCUCCAAAUAUUUUCUUUGGUCAAAGUCACACCAGGACCGGGAACCGCCCAAGACCAGGCAGCAUCCAAGCUGGUACUGGAAGGAGAAUACCCUCUUCCUGGGAUAAUAACCGACCUUUGCCGGGUCAAAGUUCUAAAUACAAAGAGCGGGGGAGAAGCUGUCUUGAUUGCUUUCCGAAACGCCAAACUUAGCUUGAUUGAAUGGGACCCAGAGCGUCAUGGCAUUUCGACCAUUUCCAUCCACUAUUAUGAGCGAGAUGAUUUGACCCGUAGUCCUUGGAUACCCGAUUUAAGCAGUUGUGCCAGCAUUCUUAGUGUGGAUCCGAGCAGCAGAUGCGCAGUCUUCAACUUUGGCGUUAAGAAUAUCGCCAUCCUUCCUUUCCACCAGGCAGGGGACGACCUGGUGAUGGACGAUUACAACUCCGACUUCGAGGAGAAUCGAUCAGAUGGCACUGGCCCCGGAGUGGGGGUUUCCCACGGGACAGCACAGAAUGAGGCGGCUCAUCAGACCCCGUAUGCGUCUUCCUUCGUCCUUCCUUUAACUGCACUAGAUCCCUCGAUACUACACCCGAUAAGCCUUGCGUUUCUAUAUGAAUAUAGGGAGCCAACCUUUGGUAUUUUGUAUUCACAGGUUUCAACAUCAAAUGCACUUCUUUCCGAAAGAAAAGAUGUUGUUUUCUACACCGUGUUUACGCUAGAUUUGGAACAGCGAGCUUCCACUACACUGCUCUCGGUGUCCAAACUGCCCAGUGACUUGUUCAAAGUGAUGCCCCUUCCACCCCCUGUCGGAGGUGCUUUGCUUAUCGGCUCCAACGAACUCGUUCAUGUCGACCAGGCAGGAAAAACCAAUGCAGUGGGGGUGAACGAAUUUUCAAAGCAGGCUUCAGCGUUUGCCAUGACGGACCAAUCGGACCUGGCACUUCGGCUUGAAGGCGGCGCCGUUGAACGCCUUGAUGAAAGCAAUGGUGAUUUGGUUUUGGCUCUUUCUGACGGAGCUAUGGCACUCAUUAAAUUCAAGCUUGAUGGAAGGUCGGUGUCUGGUAUCUCGGUCCACCUAGUACCUACACAUGCCGGUGGCGAUAUCAUGAAAUCUGCUGCUUCAUCAGCAUCUUUUCUUGGUAAUAGAAGAAUCUUUUUGGGCAGUCAGGAUACGGACUCGGUGCUACUUAGCUGGAACUAUUCGUCUUCGGGUAUUAAGAGGACGCGAUCCGAGGCUAGGUAUCUCGAUGAAAACUCUGGAGACCUAUCAGAGGAAGAUCAACUUGAAGAUGAUGCCUACGAGGAUGAUCUCUAUUCUACCGUCCAGGACGCGCCGACGGACGGUCGUCUCUCUUCUACUGAUGCAUCUAUGUUUGGACACUGCAAUUUUCAAAUCCAUGACAGGCUUUUCAAUAUCGGGCCGCUGCAUGAUGUUACCCUGGGUCAAUCUCCUUUGAAUAGUAAAGAGGAAAACGAACAAUGUGCAGAGAAACCUCCGCCCACACUGCAGCUCGUAUCAUCGCAGGGGUCAGACAGGAGUGGCGGCGUGGUGGUGAUGAAGCGUGAAAUUGAACCAUUGGUUCUCGCCUCUCAAACGAUUGAUUCUGCCGCCUGCGUCUGGACUGCAUCUGUUAUCGACAAAGGGAAUUUAUCCGACGGAGGUGGACAAGCGGAUUGGCGACACUAUGCUAUCUUCUCCAAACGCACUGUGGCCGAAAAAGAGGAAUCAGUCAUAUUUCGGGUGGAAGGACAGGAAUUUAAGCCCUUUAAAGCGCCUGAGUUCAAUCCCAAUGGUGAUUCCACCGUUCAAAUCGAGACGCUAAGAAGCAAAAACCGCGUGGUUCAAGUCCUUCAAAACGAAGUCCGGAGUUACGACAUUGACCUGGGGUUGGCUCAGAUCUAUCCCGUGUGGGAUGAGGACACCAGUGAAGAGCGCAUAGCUGUGAGCGCCAGCCUCGUGGGUUCUUAUCUUGCGAUCCUUCGAGACGACUCUACAUUACUACUUCUCCAGGCAGAUGAUAGUGGAGAUCUCGACGAGGUUUCGCUGGAUGAAGGUCCGGCUGGCUUGGGUUCGAAAUGGUUGUCUUGCUGUUUGUAUUGUGAUAAAGACGGGGUGUUUGAGGUAGCACGCCCAGCCCUAGAUGGGCCACCCAAGGGCGAGAUCUUUUUGUUUCUGCUCAGUUUGGAUUGUCGAUUAUAUAUCUACCGACUUUCCGAUCAGGCGUUAGUGUCGCUUAUGGAAGGCGUCGAUUGCUUAUCUCCAACGCUGUCGAACGAGCCACCAAAGCGGUCGACUACGCGGGAGGCUCUGGCUGAGAUUGUCGUUGCAGAUCUUGGAGAUGAGUGGCACACUAGUCCUUACCUACUGAUCCGAACUGUCAAUAACGACAUUUCGGUUUAUAAGCCUUUUUCAAGCCUGGCUGAAACAGGGGGAUCUUCGACUUUGAAACUUUUGAGAGAAACAAAUCAUGUCUUACCAAAACCCUCAUCUACCGUUGGCACGGUUGAUUCCGGUGAUCCACACCAGAAGAUGCUGUUGCGAAUGCUCCCCAAUAUCUCGGGAUUUAGUGCUGUAUUCGUGCCUGGAUCCUCGGCCGGCCUUAUGCUCAAGACAUCGGCAAGCCGACCGCAUUUCAUACCUCUGGGGGGUGAUUCAACACGGUCUUUAGGUAUCCUCAGUAAAGCUGGAGGUGCCAGUAUGGGUUUCAUCACGCUGGACUCAAAGAAUAUUGCGCGGCUGUGCCAGUUGCCCCGUGAUACAAACUUCGAUCAUCCAUGGACGCUGCGGAAGAUAUCCAUAGGCGAGCAGGUUGACCACUUAACUUACUCUACCUCCUCUGGGACGUACGUUCUAGGGAGCUGCCACAAGACGAGCUUCAAACUACCUAUGGAUGACGAACUACAUCCUGAAUGGCGCAACGAAGUGGUAUCCUUGCCCCCCGAAGUGCAUCAGAGCUCGCUACGGCUCCUAUGCCCCAGGACGUGGUCCAUCAUUGACAGCUACACGUUAGGUCCGGCCGAGCAUGUGACCGCGAUGAAAAAUUUGAGCCUGGAGAUAUCCGAAAAUACGCAUGAACGUAAGGAUUUGGUUGUGGUUGGGACCGCAUAUGCACGAGGCGAGGAUAUAGCGUCCCGGGGCUGCAUCUAUGUCUUUGAGGUGAUUAGAGUGGUCCCCGACCCUCAGAAGCCAGAGACCGAUCGUAAGUUGAAACUCAUUGGCAAGGAGUUAGUCAAAGGAGCAGUAACUGCGCUAUCGGAGAUUGGUGGCCAGGGAUUUUUGGUCGUCGCCCAAGGACAGAAGUGUAUGGUCCGAGGCCUCAAGGAGGAUGGCAGCCUCCUACCCGUAGCAUUCAUGGAUGUGCAAUGCUACGUUAGUGUCGUGAAAGAACUCAAAGGUACCGGAAUGUGUAUAAUCGGAGACGCCGUCAAAGGGCUUUGGUUCGCAGGAUACUCGGAGGAACCGUACAAGAUGAGCCUCUUCGCGAAGGACCUGGACUAUCGUGAAGUCAUGGCAGCGGAUUUUCUCCCCGAUGGCAACCGAUUAUUUAUUCUAUUCACCGACAGUGAUUGCAAUCUCCACGUGUUGCAAUAUGAUCCCGAAGAUCCCAAAUCAUCGAAUGGGGAUAAACUUCUCAACCGGAGCAAAUUCCAUGUGGGCAGCUUCGUGUCGACAUUGACUCUAUUACCGCGCACUAUGGUCUCCUCCGAGCGAGUCAGCCCCAGCUCGGAUGAAAUGGACCUCGACACUCAAGUGUCACGCCAUCAGGUACUUGUGACCGCCGAAAACGGCUCGGUCGGCCUGGUGACCUGCGUUUCCGAAGAGUCAUAUCGUCGUUUAUCCGCUCUUCAAUCCCAGUUGACAAAUGCUUUAGAACAUCCCUGCGGGCUGAAUCCUCGGGCUUUCCGGGCCGUUGAAAGCGAUGGCAGCGUAGGGAGAGGCAUGCUAGAUGGUGCCCUCCUCAGUCGAUGGCUGGAUUUGAGCACAACGCGCCGAAGUGAAUUAGCCAGUCGGGUUGGGGCGAAUCAAUGGGAAAUCAAGGCAGAUCUUGAGGCCAUUGGCGGCGCGGGGCUUGGGUUUCUGUAAUGACUAGAAAUAAAUUGUUGGCGGAGGAUACCUUUGAAUGGUUUAUGAUAUAGCAAACCCUUUUUUUUUUUUCAAGCCUGUGCGCGACAGACAUGUGUAGAAAAAAUGAAUUUGGGACUGUAAAU